GCCGCCAUCUUUACGGCAGUGCCACCGGUGGGUCUUCGGCUCAGCGGAGCGUCGGUGCUGAACAACCGCCAGGAAUCUCCGAGCUGCCGCUAAUCCUCCCCCUCCACCGGGACGCUACGAGAAGCUCCAGUGCCCGAGCACCAUGACCGACAGGGAGAACUUAGUUUACCAGGCGAAGCUGGCCGAGCAGGCGGAGAGAUAUGACGAAAUGGUGGAGUCGAUGAAGAACGUGGCCAGCAUGGACGUGGAGCUGACCGUGGAGGAGAGGAACCUGCUGUCGGUAGCAUACAAGAACGUGAUCGGAGCCAGAAGAGCCUCCUGGAGGAUAAUCAGCAGCCUAGAACAGAAAGAAGAAAACAAAGGUGGCGAAGACAAACUAAAGAUGAUCAGAGAAUACAGGAAAACGGUCGAGAAAGAGCUGAAAUCAAUCUGCAACGACAUUCUGGAUGUACUGGACAAGCACCUCAUCUUAGCCGCGACCACGGGAGAAUCAAAGGUUUUCUACUACAAAAUGAAGGGAGAUUACCACAGGUACCUGGCAGAGUUUGCCACAGGCAACGACAGGAAGGAGGCAGCCGAGAACAGUUUGGUAGCGUACAAAGCCGCAAGCGACAUCGCCAUGAUCGAACUCCCUCCAACACACCCCAUCCGCCUGGGACUGGCCCUCAACUUUUCAGUUUUCUAUUAUGAAAUUCUCAACUCACCAGACCGUGCUUGCAGGUUGGCGAAGGAAGCGUUCGACAAUGCCAUCGCAGAACUGGACACGCUGAGCGAGGAGAGCUAUAAGGACUCAACACUUAUCAUGCAGUUGCUACGUGACAACUUGACACUAUGGACCUCAGACGUGCAGGGAGAUGGUGAAGAACAGAACAAAGAAGCACUGCAAGAUGCGGAGGACGAGGCCCAGUGAGACUGAACAACCCAAGAUGAGCCCCCCCUCCCCCUCCCCCUCCCCCAGACAGCCCUACAGAUUUCAGUGCGGUUUCUACUACAGCCCACACUUUCUACCUUUCUCUUCCAUCUCUAUCCAUCUCUCACCUUUUUCUCCUCGUAUGCACGUGCCCCCCCCGCCCCCCUCCUCAGGGCCCGCUUGGGUCUUCUGUUUCCACUACCCGGGGUGGGGUUUACCUUCUGUUCCACCCCCCUUCUUUCGCAAGCCUGUACCCCUUAAGGUUCAUGUCCUGUUUCACUGUUUUUAUUUGACUUUGCUGUAUCAUCUGUUGCCAAGUACGCUUGCCUGUAUUUGAAACACACAUAUGCAAGAGUUUAUUUAAAGAUGAUUCUUUGCUGGGUUCUUUUUUUUUUUUUUUUUGGUUUGUUUCCUGUACAUGUGUGUUAAUGAACAACAUCUUGUCCAUGCUUCUGUUGGUUUGUGAAAUACUUCAGUUAUCACAUCGACGUACUAUCGCGGUGAUGGAAGGCGUAAAAGGGAUGCUGUUCAAGCUUUUUAAGGAAGAACUAAGUGCCCUCUGGACUCGGUGGUUCCUUCAACACGUCAGGUUUCCUUUCGGUUUUUAAACGACAAACAUCAGAAUGUCCCCGUCUUGUCCGAGCAUCACUCACCUCCUCUCGUCCACUAUUGGACCAAGUAUUGUGCUGCGAGGCUGUAGCGCUUUUGCUAAUGGCAGAUAGUUAGGUAAUGGCUUUUUAACAGAGAAAAAAAAAAUGUGCGUGCGUGUGUGCGUGGGAGGGGAAUGCUCCACACUCUGAUUGUAACGUAAUGCAGUUUUUGCAUUGGCACUAUAUAAAAACCAGUUUGGGAACUAGAGGCCUGCUGUAUCUCUCCUCUCCCCUGACUCUUUCAGGUUUCCUCGUCUCUUUCCUCCUCGUUUCCUCUCUUCCUUCUGUUCAGUAUGUGUAACGUGAAUCUGAUUUGUACUACUGGAUAUUCUCACCGGAGCCACAAGUACCAUCUGUAUUCUUACUGAAACACAGCAUGGAAUUAACAUUAAACUUCAAAUUGAAAA